UUACAGACACCAGAGCCCACCCCCCACCCUGGAAGAAAUUCUUGAUCCUCAAGUCUCCCCGCUCCAAAAAACCCACGAAAAACCCCAUUGGUGUGUGCUGAUUUAAUCAUGAAGUACGUGUGAAAGAUAGUGGCAAAGAGUGUGAAAAGUGAAGUUACAAGCUCCGCCGAUGGCGAAGUCUUUCUGUUUAGCUUGUAAAUUGUUGUGGAAGUGAAAGAGAGACAGAGACAGAGAGAGAGAGAGAGAGAGAGAGUGGAGGAAAGGACUUUGGUGAGCCAUUAUCAUGUCUGAGUCAAAUGCAAGAAAAAGGAAUUUGCCCUCGUGGAUGAAUUCCAGAGAAGAGGAGAAUGAUGAUGGUGAAAAGUCCAAGCAACCAAGAACACAUGGAAAGUCAAACAAGGACCAAAAAGCAUUUCAUGUGGUAUCCAAAGUCGCAGAGAAUUCUGGCUCUGGCUUUGCUACUAGCUCGGGCGCCUCGGAUUUCUCCAAACUAAUGGAAGGGGUAGUUUUUGUGCUAUCUGGGUUUGUGAAUCCAGAGCGCGGUGUUCUGAGGUCGCAAAUGCUGGAAAUGGGGGCUGAAUAUCAACCUGAUUGGACACCGAAUUGCACCCUGCUCAUAUGUGCAUUUGCCAAUACUCCAAAGUUUAGGCAAGUUGAAGCUGAUGGUGGAACUGUUAUCUCAAAGGACUGGAUAUCAGAGUGUUAUAACCAAAGAAAACUUGUUGAUAUUGAGACCUACCUACUGCAUGCUGGUAAACCAUGGAGGAAGCAAAGCAUCUCUCAUGAAGUUCGAGAAGAUAUAAAACAGUCCACAUCAAGCAAAUCUUUAAAACAAGAAGAAAAGGUGCAUGUGCAUCCAAAAAAGACUACUGGCUCUUCUAAGAUGAAAGGUUGCUUUUCUCCUGCUAAAGUGAAGAAAUGGGCUGUUGAAGAUCUUAGAAGAACCAUAUCAUGGCUGGAAAUUCAAGAUGAAAAGCCGGAGCCGAGUGAGAUAAAGAAGAUAGCUUCUGAAGGAAUCCUAACUUGCUUACAGGAUGCUAUAGAUGCUCUCAAGCAAGGGCUGGGCAUCCAACAAAUAACCGAACAAUGGGCCUGCCUUCCUCGGGUGGUUGAGCAGCUGGCACAGUUAGACGGGACAGCUUUACCUAGCAAGGACGAUCUUUGUAAAGAAGCAAUGGUCUGUAAACAAAUAUAUGAGCUGGAAUUUCUCAACUUGGAGCAUGAUGAUAUUGUGGGCAAGAAACGGCCCCAAACUGAUAGGAGCAAGAAAGUUGGCAACACGAAAGAAAACGUUGCUGGAGAUGAUACCUCUUAUGACAGUGAUGCUACGGUUGAGAUGACAGAAGAAGAAAUCAAUCACGCGUACAACACCAUUGCCUGUUCUUUGUAAAUAACCGCAUGUUUAAAUAGUUGAUGAAACAAUAUGUUUAUUAAGAAACAUGCUAAGUCCCAUAUUUAUAAUUCUGUGAUAUUUAUACCCAAGCUAUUCUAUC